CACUAUAGGUAACUGCAUUGUACUUCAAUGUUAAUUAAUUAAGUUUAAAUUAAUUAAGUGCUGUCCAAAAGUUAAACUUUUUUAUUUAUUUAUUUAUUUACAAAAAUGGUACACUUUAGAGUAACAAGAGUAUAUCUUUCCUGAUAAAUGAUAUACUCCAUCUCUUCAACAUACACUUGUCAGUUUAAACUAAAGUGUCUCUCUUUUAUCUCUUAUCCACUCUCAUAAAAGUUCAUUGAUGCACAUAUCAUGCAUAUCAUGUGUUAUCAUGUUAUAACAUGACGUUUAUAUUAACAUUCAGUUCAACACUGGUCUUAGUGACAGUACUCUUAUCCUGCCUGACUGGGUCUCUUUCAUUUGUCUUUAUGCCUUUCAUUUUCUCUGCCUUUCAUUUUGCUAGUUAUUUUCUCUGCUCCUUCUCUUUCCUACUCCCUCCCUUCCGGUUCUUGCUUUUUUCUCACCCUCUAUCUCUCUUUCUGUUUCAGUCUCUCACUCCCCACAACCCCUCCCACUCUGUCUCUCUCUUUAUCUUUCCCUUGUACUCUCUGUUUCUCAGUCUCUUCUUCCCCCACCAUUCCCUUGCUUUUCUCUCUCUCACUCUUUCUCUAUUUGCAUCUCUCUUUAUCUUUCUCCCCUUCCUCCCCUCUCCCUCACUCUCACCCCCAUCAUUUUCUUCUUACACAUGUCCUUCAUCAACCCUCAUUCUACUUCUGUUUUAAUCUAUUUCUCCCUAUUGUAAUCGCAAAAUCAUUCAAUCUCUGACCCCCCCCCCCACACAUCUGCUUUAACAUUAAUAAUUAAGAGUGACAUCCUUAUCAGGCCACACAUGUCUCUCUCACUUCUAUCUGUUACCUUUUCCCCAUUUUUCAUCCAUCAGUCAUUACUUAUCUUUCACCUAGGUGUUUUUAUGCAGAUGAAUUAUUUGCUUUUGAAUAUACUUUUUAUUUAUAUAGAGCCAUAUUUUUACCAAUCAAGGUAACACAUUGUUAAACAUCAUAAUCAGCAUGAGGUUUUUUAUUCUACUAUUCGUCUAGUAAUUUGUGCUUUGUUUAUGUUUUGUUUUUUUGUUCUAGUUAUAUUAAAUUUGUAACUGCAAAUGCUCUAGCUUUAUUGCUAGCAUGUCCUCCAGCCCAACAAUACUACAGGUCUAUAGGAACUGCUGCAGAGAGUCUACGGAUGAGGAGCAGGCAGUUCCUCUGGUGCACUGCUACAAUGAAGUGAUGGGGAAUGUAGCGGAUGCUGGCACUCAGACUGAGCCCGUGGUGGUCCUAUCCCUGGCUCAAGCCGCUGUGCUGGGCCUCAUAUCUCAGAAUGAAAUCUUUGGCACCACCAUCGCACCUAAUGGCUUUUGCACUGGGGAGGGACGUGAAUGCCCCCCUCCACCCCCAGAGGCAGUGGAGUAUGAGUAUUCAGACCAGUUGAUUGGGGCAAAUGGAGACUACCUACCUGAGCCCAAUGGAGAAAAUAGGAGGCCAAAUGGACUUUUGGGGGUGGGAAAAAGGCGUUCUGGACCUCGGGGAAAAGGAAAGAGACAACAAAGUGAAAACAGUGAGGCAGCAGAACUGGCUAAGAAAUCCAUAGAUGUACAGACAUGGGUGAAAGGAGAGCGACCUGAGUAUUCAAGAUCCUGUUAUUACUCAAAGGUUCAUUAUAAUGACAGCAAGUCUGAAGUGUUGGAUCUUGCUCCCGAUAGACUGAUGUUAAAGGAGGAGCAAAAUAAAAGUAGCCCUGCGCAUGCAAAGGAGGCAAACAACUUACAGAAUGAUCCAGAUUCAGAAACAACGUCACGUGAUGCUAAUCACACACAGGAAUUAGAAUCAGGCAGCCAGCCUGAGGAAGAAGGCUCUAAAGAGGAGGGGCAUGACCAAAGAGCACUGAAUAUUAAGACACCUGAGGAGGAAGUGAGCCCUGUAAUGAGGCGCUACUAUGAAUCUAGUGUUUUGACCUAUGAAGCUGCUGAGCCAGAAAUGACACCAGCAGAAUAUGAUGAUGGUGUGCAGGUGGCAACAUGGGCAGAUGGUGAGAAUCCUGCAGUUCGCCGUGUACAGAUUGACCGCCUGGAUGUCAAUGUGCAAAUUGAUGAGUCAUAUUGUGUGGAUGUGGGUGAAGGCCUGAAGCGCUGGAAGUGUCGAAUGUGUGAGAAGUCGUACACGUCAAAAUAUAAUCUGGUGACACACAUCCUGGGUCACAGUGGGAUCAAGCCGCAUGAAUGUCUGCACUGUGGAAAACUUUUCAAGCAACCAAGCCACCUGCAGACACAUCUGCUUACACACCAAGGCACAAGGCCACAUAAAUGUACUGUGUGCAAGAAGGCCUUCACACAGACCAGCCACCUCAAGCGGCAUAUGCUGCAGCAUAGUGACAUUAAGCCAUACAGCUGCCGUUUCUGUGGACGUGGGUUUGCCUACCCCAGCGAAUUGCGCACACAUGAGGCCAAGCAUGAGAAUGGGAGGUGUCAUAUUUGCACACAAUGCACCAUGGAAUUCCCCACCUAUGCCCACCUCAGGCGACACCAGGUCAGUCACCAGGGGCCUGCUGCCUUCCAGUGUAGUGAGUGCCACAAGAGCUUUGCCUAUCGGAGCCAGCUGCAGAACCAUUUAAUGAAGCAUCAAAACAUGCGACCCCAUAUUUGUUCUGAGUGUGGCUUAGAGUUUGCACAGGUUCACCAUCUCAAGCAGCACCUGCUCACACACAAGGUACUAGCACAGCAGGCCUUCGAAAACAAGGGGAUGAAAGAGUACAAGUGUGACGUGUGUUCUCGUGAGUUCACCCUGUCAGCCAAUCUGAAGCGGCACAUGCUGAUUCACACCAGUAUGCGACCUUUCCAGUGCCACAUCUGCUUUAAGACCUUUGUCCAGAAACAGACUCUCAAAACUCACAUGAUUGUUCACCUUCCAGUGAAGCCCUUCAAAUGCAAGGUCUGUGGGAAGUCAUUUAAUAGAAUGUACAACCUACUUGGCCACAUGCACCUUCAUGCUGGUAGCAAGCCCUUCAAGUGCCCCUACUGCAGCAGCAAGUUCAACCUAAAGGGAAAUCUGAGCAGGCAUAUGAAAGUGAAACAUGGCAUUCUUGAUGUCUUGCCAGAUGGGCAAGACAGCCACCCUGAUAUGGAGGGCCAAGAGGACUAUGAGGAAGACAGCUUUGACUUCAAUGAAAGAGAAAAUCUGUCUAGCAACAACACACAAGAUCUGGCCAGACUGGCUGAGAUGGGCUAUUACAACUAUACAAAGGCUGCUGCUUACUACACCACAGCAUAAUGCACUUUGAGACAUUCAAACUCACCUCACCUGUAUUUGUAAGCCUCAAGGUUUUAAUGUGGACUAAUAAUGAAAUGGCUGCCUGGUGGUUGUGCACUGGUAUUUUGAUUACUCUUUAAGAGGAAAUUAUUUAUUUACUAUUGCCUCCAGAACAUUAGAGUUUGUAAGGUUCCAUGUAAACAUGAGUGUAAUUCUAUAUUUUUGUGUGAGUCAGUGGUUAAUAGUUUGAGGAAAUCAGCUGAAAUUUCCUAGUGGAUAAUGAUUUAAUGCCACUUCCCCACUCCAAAAGAAGCUUUUAAAAGUAAAAUCUCUAAGAAUAAUUCAGUAAUGUUUUGCAGCCCUCUAUACAGAGGCACUUAAGAGACAUCCCUUAUCCAAUUUGAAAUAUACAUGACGUGAUUUUGAACCAUCAAAGCUUAUACAAAAAUAUUAAAGAUAGUGCAAAGUAAUAAAUUGUACUUAAAAUAUUAUUUACAAUAAAAUAAAAAAAAGUGAUGAACAAAAUUAUUUAGUAAUAUCUAAACCAUCAUAAAAAUACUAAUAUCCAGAUAACUAGCUUGUUCACUUCUAGUAAAUCAUCCUGAAUUUGUCAUACGUAAACCAAGUGAGAUUUUAGUAGGAGGCUUGAUUUCCAGUCAUUCUCAAUUAAUUAUUCAACAAUUUAAAAAAAAAAAAAUUGUUCAUUAAGAGCAUUGUUAUGUGUCUAAAAGUUGUAUUGUAAUGGUGCCAUAUCAGACUUAGAUUUUGAAUAUUUCAAAGCCAUUGCCAUCUGAUAUACAUCAUUAGUUGAAUAAGGUGAAUACAGAGCUCAUAAUCAAAUGUUCUCUGAAUCAGAUUUUGAUUUAUUAUUAAAAACAAAAACUGUGAGGUGUGGAAAAAAUCUCAAUUUAUAUAAAGAGAAAUAAGAGAAAACUACUUAAAAAUGUUUUAAGAUUGUGGUGUGUGAAAUGACAUCAAUUCAUGAUAAUUUAUACAAUGCACAGUAUGCAUCAACAUAUAGUUAACUCACAAUCUGCCUACAAUAGUGCAGCUUCACAAAAAUGGGUAUUUGUUUAUUAAUAAAAAAAUAAUACUUGACACUUUUUUUAUUUUAACAAAUCUUCAACACAAAUUCAACAUUUAUGAAAACAUCUCUAGCACCCUCAAGUGGUAUCACAUAAACAUGUGCACCCAGUCAGCCAUAACUUGUGAAUUCUCCUUGGCCAGGAGACCCAAGUGAGUCAAAAUCUCACUUCUCUCUCCCGAUCAUUCACCAUGACAGACAAUUUUUCAAACCAAAGUUUAAAAACGUGGUUGGCUGUCUUCACAUUUGCCUCUGAAGCAGGUGAUAACCUUUGUUUUUUGUUCAAGUUUUAAAAUGUAAAAAAAAUUGCAAUAUUGCAGAAAAGUGUCUAGUGGCAUAAAUUUUUCACAGUAUGGAUAUAUUUCACAGAGGGAAUUUAUUGCCAUUUAAUUUAUUUAGUGCAAGCACGUUGGUAGUUUGCAGGGGAGUAGCAACUUCACUUUUAUGUUUGGAGCUACUACCAAACGCAGACACAGUGCAAAGAUAUUUUUCGGUGCAAAGAUAAGUUAAUUUAUGUCUUUAAUGAACAAAAAUUUUCGACAUGUUGGUUGACCAUAUGUGAGGAACACUAGUGACUAUAAACCACCUCUUUCAUCCAGGUAUCAUUACAGACACAGUUUUGUAUAUUACAUUUAUCAGACUUUUCCAUAUUUGGAAAGCACUGUACUAUUCUUAGUCUGAGAUUAUAUUAAAUUAUACUUGUAUGCUUUUAACAACAGACAAAGCAGCUUUACAGGAGCUGGAUAUACAGGGUGAAAUUAUGGUACCUCCUGCUUUCUAGAUAAAGCCAGAUUACAUGGUUAUUGCUACAUUUGUUCACAAAGAGCAAUGAAAAAUAUCACAUCAUUCCUAAGGCUACAUUUGGUUUCUAGGGAUGAAUGGCUUAACCAGGCACCAAACAUCUUUAUUACAACUAAAUUAAUUAUCCCUGUGUAACACUGUAUUCCAUCCAUUUUAAGAACUUAGCUGCUCAGUGAUCGUAGUCUGCAUUAGUGAGGUAGGACCAUAGAUGCAAGACAGAAUGAUUGUAAAAUUAAGCAGGAAAAAAAAACAUAAACAAAAAAAAACUGCUUUUCCAAAACACACCCACUGAACAGCCUCCUGGACAAUGUUGUUUUAAUAAGCACAAAACAGCUCAGAACAGACAUUUCUACUGUUUUAUAUGUCCUUAUAGCUCAAGGUUUGCGGCCAUGCUAAGCAAGGCCAGUCUUGUUUAAGUUUUUUUUUUUUAUAAAGCUUUUUUUUUAUUAUUUUUUUUUUAUUUGCACAUCAUUGUGAAUAUACUGUUGAUAAAGUUCUAUGUUAAAUGUUGUGCUCUGGACAACACUGUAUAUUAAUAAAUUUACCUUUAAAACUGA